ACCUGCACCUGCACCUGCCCGGGUAGGGAGGAGGGAGGGAAAUAUAAUUGAUGGCCUAGCCCGCGCGUGUUGGGGCUGUGAGCUGUGUGUUGUGUGUCUACUCAAUAAUAAUUUGGUUCCUCUACCCCCCCUUUCCCCUUCACCCUUUGAACGGCUGGAAAUUGAGGUCUUUCCUCAGCUGCCUUAAUAAUCUCCCAAUCUCUCUUCAUCCCUUCCUAAACACCAUCAUCCUCGAGUCGGAAUCAUCACGAUGCGUUCUCAAGUGCUACUGGCAAUUCUGCCGCUGGCUUUCGCAGCACCCGCUCCAGAACCCGUUGCGGUUGCAGAACCUCAUCCCAUGGUCACUCCAUCAGCAACUCUCAAGGACAGAACACCUUCUCGAGUCGACCGGCGCGAUAUUCUUAGCUCAAUUGCGGGCUUAGAUGGUUAUCUUGGGAGUGUUCUGGGCUCGUUUCCUUCCUACGUCGCGAGUGGUGUGCCUCAAUUCUUUCAGGACUUGCCUCAAGGAGACGCGGUUUUGAAGAAAUUAGAUCUCAAUCCUGGCGAUUUGGAUGCGGCUCCUACACAAGUCUUGACCAUCCCGUAAGUUGGGUUGGUCUCUAUAUUGGAGGAGGAGGAAGUGGCUAAGUGAGAAAUAGAUCAUACGCGAAUUGGACCCAGCAAGGUUGGAAUCUGCGAUUCCGUGGAAACGUUUUUAAGCAACCCAAUAUUUCCGAAUCCAAAUUAAAUGAUCUCGCAAAUGUCUUCCUCGUUGGUACAUCAAUCGAUAAGUUGCAGCCCGCAGAACAAGCGCAAGCAAGAAACUUGACCGCGGAAAUCUUCGUCGUCCAACAAGGUGACAGGCAAGUCAGUUUCAACAUCGAGCCAGCCUCAAGUCAAGUAACAGAUGGGACAGGCAAUGGAAGUAAUGCUAUCACACCAGGAGGAGGGUCGCAAAAUAUCACCUUGAUGGGAACGACAACCGUUGAAGGAGAUUUCGAUCAGUUCCUUCCCCUUCAAAACGUCUCUGGACCAGGUGGAUAUCUCGUUCCAGGAAACGCUACAUUACUACCACAAAGGGUCAAUGUAUAUGUAACAGGUACCAACACAGGAAAUGCGACUUCCUACCUGGUCCCAGAAAAGGGUCUCACCAUCAUCUCUGAUAUUGACGAUAUUCUCCGAGUUACUCGAAUUUACCAGCCUGCAGAUGGACUCCUGAACUCGUUUGCAAAAGCCUUUACACCCUGGAUGAACAUGCCAGAAAUCUACGCAAAUUGGUCGAGGUCAAUUCCUGACUUCCAUUUCCACUAUCUCACGACUACCCCGGAACAAGUGACGAGAAACUACAUGGACUUCAUCUACAAAACCUACCCAGGAGGAUCAUUCGGUACACUCUUCCCUCCCUCUUCCCCCACCACAAACAGAACUAACCAAACCCCAGACACCCGCCCCCUAAACUUCUCCGACGUCUCCGCCACGCUCGCCAUCCGCAAAUUCCUCCUCACCAAGGUCUUCCAAACCUACCCACAGCGAAAAUUCAUCCUCGUAGCCGACACCUCUAACGCCGACGUUAUGAAAGCGUAUCCCGAGAUGGCCAUCGAGUUCCCGGGCCAAGUCCAAUGCAUCUUCCUCCGCAACACCUCGGCCACCGAUUCUGGCGACAAGUUCCCUUAUGAUACGAGCGGCUUCAAGAAAUUGGAUAAUAAGACGUAUAUGUUUUUCAAGGUCCCGGAUGAUUUGAGAGGGCUGGAUGUUGUGGGUGGUCAGUGUGUGAAUAGUUCUCUCGUGCAAAAUGUUACGUUUAGUACGCAGGGAUUGCCGUUUGGAUUGGGGAAGAAGGGUGCGGCUGGGAGGGUGGAGUGGUGGAGUGCUGCUUUUUGGUUGGUUGUUGCGGCGGGUGUAUUUGGGAUGUUGUGAUAGGGUGGUAGUUCUCUGUUCGUGGUGAGAUACGGCGUUUAAUUCUUGGUUAUGGAUAGGUGGGUGGGUUGUAUGUAUAAUGCAUUUGGUUGGGCAGUUAGCAUUUCUUUUGGAUGUUAUGGAGGCGAAAAAAGGAAACUUUUUACAACCACCCCUCGGGCUUUUCUGAUGUAUUCUUGACGUUAUGAU